UACGGCAGCCCUGUAUCGCCUACAACUCAGCAGCCCACUGUCCGCAGACUCCACCAGGACUAUCCGCCGCUUCCGCGCAAUCCUCCGACUGUUGUUUAGCUCGGCGAUCAAAUCAAGGCUCUAAGAUGUCUAAGAAGAUCAAGGCGGGCUCUGUGGUGGAGAUGCAGGGAGAUGAGAUGACCAGAAUCAUCUGGGAACUCAUUAAGGAGAAACUCAUCUUCCCCUACCUGGAGUUGGACCUACACAGCUAUGACCUGGGAAUGGAGAACCGUGAUGCCACCGACGACAGAGUGACGGUGGAGGCAGCGGAGGCCGUGCAGCGCUACAACGUGGGCAUCAAGUGUGCCACCAUCACACCGGACGAGAAGCGCGUGGAGGAGUUCAAACUUAAGCAGAUGUGGCGCUCACCCAACGGGACCAUCCGUAAUAUCCUGGGAGGCACAGUGUUCAGGGAGGCCAUCAUCUGUAAGAACAUCCCUCGCCUGGUGCCAGGCUGGACAAAGCCCAUCAUCAUUGGCAGGCACGCCCACGGAGACCAGUACAAGGCCACAGACUUUGUGGUGCCCAGUCCAGGAAAAGUGGAGAUGAUCUACACACCAACAAAAGGAGAGCCAGUGAAGUUUGUUGUCCAUCAGUUUGAGGGCACAGGCGGAGUGGCCUUGGGGAUGUACAAUACAGACAAGUCCAUCAGGGACUUUGCCCACAGCUCCUUGCAGAUGGCCCUUACCAAAGGCUUGCCUCUCUACCUCAGCACCAAGAACACCAUCCUGAAGAAGUAUGAUGGUCGCUUCAAAGACAUCUUCCAGGAGAUCUAUGAGAAGGAGUACCGUGCUCAGUAUGAGGCCAAAGGGAUCUGGUAUGAGCACCGUCUGAUUGAUGACAUGGUGGCCCAGGCCAUGAAAUCUGAGGGCGGCUUCAUCUGGGCCUGCAAGAACUAUGAUGGAGACGUACAGUCUGACUCUGUUGCGCAAGGCUAUGGUUCUCUGGGUAUGAUGACCAGCGUGCUGAUCUGUCCUGAUGGGCAGACAGUAGAGUCAGAGGCUGCUCACGGCACAGUAACACGCCAUUACAGACAGCACCAGCAGGGCAAGGAAACCUCUACCAACCCCAUAGCUUCCAUCUUUGCCUGGACACGGGGACUGCUCCACAGGGCAAAACUAGACAACAAUGCAGAGCUGCGUGUAUUCUCUGAAGCACUGGAGGCGGUCUGCAUUGAGACAAUUGAGGCUGGCUUCAUGACCAAGGACCUUGCCAUCUGCAUCAAGGGCCUGCCAAAUGUGACACGCACAGACUAUUUGAAUACCUUUGAAUUCCUGGACAAGCUGGCAGAGAACCUGAAGAUCAAAUUGUCCAGCCCACCCAAGCUGUGAUCACAUUGCUCAGCCUCUGCAGUCAAAAUACAGAUACAGCUACAAAAACCCACACAUACACAGAAACACAUUUACACACACACACACACAUUUACACACACACACACACAUUUACACACACACACACACACACACACACACACACACACACACACACACACACACACACACACACACACACACACACACACACACACACACACACACACACUAGAACUCUGGGCCCCCAGACAACACUGGUUCAUGGAUAAGUGUCUCCAGCACUUGAGGAGAUCUUUAGCCUGAAACUAAAUCAUUCCCACUUGGAAUUCCUCAUAUAGCAGGGUGCCUUGUCCAGAGGAGAGGGGAAUGGAGACUUGUGAUCCCUGUGGACCAACACACCUCCCAAGGAAUCAGUUAAAACUAGUAUACAGAAAGCCAUACAUGUGAUGGCCUAGAGGUCCAAUAACAAUAUUCAUCAAUGUCCAGGGCUGUCGACCCUAGUGUUCUCGUUUACCCAAAUUGUACGAGGUCCCAUGAGGCAAGUGUGAUUUGCUUUGUCCGUCUUUGUCUGACAACCAGUAUAUGACAUGGGAAACUCCUGCCAAAUAUUGUCUGAGGUUGCUCCUAGACCUCGUUUGCCUUAUUCAUUUUGGUGUCAAAAGUCAACAGUGGAUUUUAAUCAUCCCUACUUUCUCUAAACUUCUCUUUUGGUCAUUGAAGUGCCCAUCACUGUCGGGCAUUUUGCGCAAUACCUCGAGCAUUAAGGUGAUGCCACUAGAAUUUCACCCUCACUAGCAGCCAUUGCCCUACUGCUGAAAUAUCACAAUAUACUGUUACUGUACAAGGUACAUAAGUAUUUUGUUGAUGGUUGUCCACUGUGGCAAAAUGUUUCUGAAAUUUUUGUGCAAACUGAGGUUCAGGCAAAAUAAAAUGUGACAGUCUGGUAAGAGUCCAAAGGCUUGGACAGAAAUGACCACUCAUUGCAUUUGAGUAGAUAAAAUAAUUGUAUCGUUAAUUUUUAUCAUUGUCAAAGUCUGAUAAUUUAACAUUUGUAUGCUACCAACACUCUCCAACAUGGAUGUUAUGCAUGGCAUAUUUAUAUUUUCCUGUGUAUCAAUCAAUCAAUCAAACUUUAUUUAUAUAGCACAAGUCAUAAAUCAAAUGCAACUUCAAGUGCUGAACAUAAAGUUGAGUUAAAAAAACAAACACGAGUUUAAAUAAAAACAUGAAAAUUAAUAACUAAGUUAAAAAAGAACAUGAGUUUAAAAAACAUGAUGUAAAUAAAAUGUAAUAAACCUAAUAAUAAAAUAACAGUAAAAGUGCAAGUCAAGAUAAAUACACACUAGAUAAAAGGCAGGCUAAAAAGGUCACCCUCAGUUCCUGCGGCAGGCCGUUCCAUAGGCUGGGGCCAUAUUGGCUUAAGGCGGCCUCACCAUGGGUCUUAGACCGGACUCUAGGAAAAACCAAGAGACAACUACCAGAGGAUCUGAGGUUUCUAGUGGGUACAUAUCUUAAAACCAGUCAGACAAGUAGUCGGAAGCAAGACCAUUUUGUGAUUUGUAGACUAAUAAAAGAAUCUUAAAAUAAAUUCUAAAACUGACAGGUAGCCAGUGCAGGGAUUUUAAAACGUGUAAUGUGUGCUCUCCUUCUGUCUGGUCAACACACGAGCAACUGAAUUUGUAUAAAUUGGGAGGGAUUUAUGACUUUUUGGUAGAUCAGAAAGGAGGGCAUUACAAUAGUCUAGCCUACUAGUGAUAAAAGUGUGCACUAGUCUCUCAGUAUUGGCCUGGGAGAGAAACAGAUACUCUGGUGAUGGUUUUUUUUAAGUGAUAAAAGGCAGAUUUGGGUACAUUCCAGAUGUGGGCAUCGAAAUUUAAAUUAGAAUCUAUGAUGACACCUUAGUUUUUAGCCUGGUGCCUGGGACUGAGUGCCAGUGACUUCAAUUUAGAGGUCAGUUUCUCUCUCUGCCUUUGCUCCAAUGAGUAGUACCUCUGUUUUAUCUUGGUUGAGCUGAAGAAAGUUAUGAGCCAGCCAAGCAUUCAUGUCUAAAAUACACUUGUGGAGUGCAUCAAUAGGGCUUGUGUCAUCAGGAGAAACAGCAAUAUAAAGUUGAGUGUCAUCAGCUUAACUGUGAAAAUCAUGUCUCCUGAUGACACUACCAAGGGGCAGCAUAUAUAGACUGAAAAAGACUGGACCUAGAAUCGAGCCUUGUGGUAUGCCACAGUUGAUAUCAUAGUUCUUAGAAGAGUAUAUGUGUAUCAAUGUGAAUUAAUAAUUAUUUCAAUAAUGCAUACACUACCAAACAAAUGUAUCUCCCAUCAGUUUUGUUGUUAUUCUGCAGGUCUGUCCUCAACAGUAUGCUUGUUAACUCCCAACCUUCUAUUGCAGUGCUCACCAACCUUUUCCAAGCCAAGUAUGUCCAAAUAUAGGCCAAGAGCUACCAUUCAGAAAUAUAAGAAAUAAAAGCCCACAGGUGUUUAAAU